AUGGAUUGUCCAUUUUCCUCCUAUUUCCAUCUUUUAUUAUUUGUACUCUUUACUGUUAGUAGUAUUUUAUGGAGAUCAAGAAAAACACUAACUAGUACCAAAAUAUUGGCCCCUCAAGUCCCUGGUGCAUGGCCUAUUAUAGGUCAUCUCCACUACCUCAGUGUCAACAAAAAUGUCCCUUUUGCUAGGACUCUAGGGAAAUUGACUGAGAAAUAUGGGCCUGCUUUCACAAUUAGAAUUGGGAUUUCCCCUUAUUUGAUUGUCAGCAAUUGGGAAGUUGCUAAAAAUUGCUUCACAACAAAUGACAAAGAGUUAUCUGGGAGGCCAGCAACUUUGGCUAGUGAACUCAUUGGUUACAAUUAUGCAAGGUUUUCUUAUUCCAAUUAUGGUCCUUAUUAUCGCCACGUACGCAAAUUAGUCUUGCAAUUAGUUCUAUCGAGUAGUAAGCUCGAGAAACUGAAGCAUGUACGAAUCUCUGAGAUUGAAACAAGCAUCAAAGAAUUAUAUUCUUGGACGAACGUGAAGAGUACUAUAAAUAUAAGUGAAUGGUUUGAACAAUUGACAUUGAACAUUAUUGUUAGGAUGGUACGUGGGAAGCGAUAUAAUCGAGUGGAGGAAGAUGAAGAGGCUCAACGUAUGAGAAAGAUAUUCAGAGAUACUAUGUUUGUGUCUGGGCAAGUUGUUCUGUAUGAUGCAAUUCCAUUCAAGUUAUUUAAGUACGUGGAUUUUCAAGGACAUAUUAAGUCCAUGAAAAAGAUUUUUAAAGAUUUUGAUGGGAUUCUUCAAGGUUGGUUGGAUGACCAUAUGAGGAAGGAAAAUAUUAUAGAUGAUGAAAAUCAAGAUUUCAUUGAUGCAAUGCUUAUGGUGACGGAUCGUGAUGAUUUCAAAGCUCAUGGUUAUUCUCAAUCAACUGUCAUCAAGUCAACAGUGUUGAGUAUGAUCGAGGAUGGCUCCGAUACAAUGGCGGUUCACUUGACAUGGAUAAUGUCCUUGUUAUUGAACAAUCCACACGUAAUGAAAAAAGCCCAAGAAGAGAUAGACACUAAAAUUGGUAAAGAGAGGUGGAUAGAAGACUCCGAUGUUCAAGAUUUAGUCUAUCUUCAAGCUAUUGUUAAGGAAACUCUACGGUUAUAUCCACCGGUCCCUUUAUUAGUACCUCAUGAGGCAGUGGAAGAUUGUAAAGUGGCUGGCUAUCACGUCCCGAAGGGUACACGUUUGUAUGUGAACGUAUGGCAAAUACAUCGCGACCCCAACAUUUAUUCCAACCCUGAAAGUUUUAUGCCGGAGAGAUUCUUGACGAAGGAAAUAAGGAUAGAAGGUCGUGGUCAACAUUUUGAGUUUAUUCCGUUUGGUUCUGGGAGGCGAUCUUGUCCGGGAAUGACGUUCGCGUCACUAGUGACGCAUGUCAUUCUUGGUCGAUUGCUUCAAGGUUUUGAUAUUAGUACGCCAUCGAACAUGCCGAUAGAUAUGACAGAAGGCUUAGGCAUUACUAUGCCAAAGGCUAAUCCAGUGGAAGUAGUAAUUACACCACGUUUGUCUUCUAAGUUUUAUGAAUUCUAA